GUUUAUCAUUCAUUAUUGUAUAUCAGAUGACAUUUCAUUGAGGAUCAACCUUAAAACGACGACAGAACUUCAGUGGCUCCUGUCAAAGGUUGAACGAAUGGGUUUUAAUGUCAGUGAACGUGCAGUAAUCUUAUAAUAAAUUAAAUUGUGAGUGAUAAAACAAAAGUUUUAUCGUUAUCAUCUGUUCUUAGUGUGGGAUAUUAAAUAGAAAUACUGAUUUUCAAUGGCGCAGAAAGAUUCACCAAAGUCAAUUCCUGAUCAAUUUAAGCUUUUACCAAAGAUAAUAAAUGGAGGAAUUGCCGGAAUUAUCGGCGUAUCUGUAGUAUUUCCUUUGGAUUUGGUAAAAACGCGGUUACAAAAUCAAGUAAUUGGACCAAAUGGCGAACGAAUGUAUAGCUCGAUGUUCGAUUGUUUUAAGAAGACUUAUAAAGCGGAAGGAUAUUUUGGAAUGUACAAAGGAUCCGGUGUAAAUAUUUUAUUGAUUACACCGGAAAAAGCCAUUAAACUCACUGCCAAUGACACAUUUAGACAUUACCUCUCCACUGGUCCUGGCCAACAACUGCCAUUACAACGUGAAAUGUUGGCUGGAGGAUUAGCAGGAGCUUGUCAAAUAGUUAUUACUACACCAAUGGAAUUACUUAAAAUACAAAUGCAGGAUGCAGGAAGAGUUGCUGCAGCUGCAAAAGAAUCUGGAAAGACUAUACCGAAAGUAUCAGCGUUAUCUUUAACUAAGGAUCUUCUUAAACAAAGAGGAAUACUGGGACUUUAUCAGGGAACUGGAGCAACGGCACUAAGAGAUGUUACGUUUUCCAUUAUUUACUUUCCUUUGUUUGCUAGACUAAAUGAUCUUGGGCCAAAACGAGAAGAUGGAUCAUCUGUAUUUUGGUGUUCAUUCCUUGCUGGAUGUGCUGCUGGUUCCACAGCUGCAUUAUUAGUUAAUCCUUUUGAUGUUAUUAAAACAAGAUUACAAGCUAUUAAGAAGGCACCUGGUGAACCUUCAUAUGAUGGAGUAUUAGAUUGCAUUAAAAAAACCCUUGUCAACGAAGGACCAACCGCGUUCUUUAAAGGAGGUGCAUGCAGGAUGAUAGUAAUAGCUCCAUUAUUUGGAAUUGCACAAACCGUUUAUUACCUUGGAGUUGCAGAGAGGAUUUUAGGUUUGAAAUAAAGUAUAAUAUAUCUAUAAAUGAUGCCAUUCGAUAACUCUGGGAAACCGACAAUAAUUGGCAUAGAAAUAUAUUUAAAUGUGUUGUUUAAAUGCUAUUACUAAAAUAUUACAUCUAAUGUUAUAUUAGGCAGUCGCAUAUUUCCAUAUCUUAUAUACAACUGCUUGUCAUUUUUCUUUAUAUUAUUAAGAAUUACAAAUAUCUAUUUUGUAGUUCCAAGUGAUCAAAGUUAUUCCUUAUACGUAACUUAUAUUAUUUAAUCGAAUCACUGCUUAUAUUAUUAGCACCAAAGGCGAAUUUAACUUUGUAUUGAUUUUGAGAAUUUUUAUAUGUAUGUUUGUAUGUAUAUAUAUUUAUUUAUUUAUAUGCAUACAUACAUACAUACAUACAUACAUACGUAUAAAGAAUAAGUAAUUUAGGAACUAUUCAGAAUAAAAGUCCAUGCUGGGUUCAUGGAUUAUUAUAA